AUGUAUACUUUGAAAUGGAAGAGUACUUUACUUGCAUAUUCCCAAGUGACUGGCAUAAUAGAGCAAGAACACCACCAGACUCCUGUCACGAAUCAACAACAGGAGGAGGAAACCCAAACUCACUCAGGAGGAGCACUAUCCAAACAAGUAUCUAUAAUACUAUGGAUACAUGAAAAAUAUAUUACAUACAAAUAUCAAGAAACAGCACAAAAAAUAUUUGCUAAAUUCAUAUUUGACUUUAAAUAUGUAAAUGAAGAAGAAUUCUUAGACCUAAAACAAGAAUAUUAUAGACUACGAGAAGAAGCAAAUAAUGGAACAACAUGCAUCCAAGAAGGAGCAUUUCAAAUCUAUAAAAGAUUACCAAACAGAAAACAUCCUGCAGAAGAUUACAGAGCUGCAAUACAAUUAUUAGGAAGACCAAUAUCUUACAAAGACUUCUUUAAUAAACUAGAACAA